AUGUUCGGUACAGAAUUCGAAAACUAUUGUGAUUUCAACGACAGUAUCUGCAGCAACGAUUCCGGCUUCGAUAGAUCUUACAAUGACUCUACAACUACUCCAGUUUCCAACAACAGUACACACACAAAACUUGACAUAUCCGACUUAGGUGUUUCUCUCACACCAGUCAAAGAAACAAAUGUAAGACGAAAACUGUUCAAUGACUUGGACUUCACGAGUCCAAUCGAUGAUUUGGGUGCCUUUGAGGAAAACAUCAAAUCAUCUGUAACAUCCACACCAAAGAAAGAGAGAAAAUUGAAAGAUCCAAACAAGCCUAAAAGGAAAUACGCAAACGGAAAAAACAGAGUGACAAGAUGCAAGAGUCCAACACAAAUUUUAAGAAUAAAAAGGAAUAGGCGGAUGAAAGCGAACGAUAGAGAAAGAAACAGAAUGCACAUGCUCAAUGAGGCUUUAGAUAGACUGAGAUGUGUGUUGCCGACAUUUCCCGAGGACACGAAACUUACUAAAAUAGAGACACUCAGAUUUGCUCACAAUUACAUAUUUGCUCUAAGUCAAACAUUAGAAUCACUGAACAAUAUCAACUCCGAUCAAACACAAGUAGCAAAUCCAGCAUUGAACUGUGAUAAACUACAAAGUUAUCAAUUUAACGGAGACAAAGUUACUAAAGAUGCGUUUAGAGAAAUAUUUUUAGUUCCUAAUAAAUCGGAAGGUGUUGGUGAUGGAAGCUAUCGAAAUUUUCAAGGAUACAGCAAACCUUUUCCAAAUGGUUCUAAUUUCAUGCAAACUCCAGAAGGUGUUCUGAUUAACGUUGGCAACGUUACGGUGUCGGUAAAUAAUAAGGGUGGUAAUUGUAUAACUUCAACAACGGGCAGUGGAUUCUUCACACACCCAGCUAGCUUCGGUGACGACCUUACCCAACAGAACUUCUACCACCAAAGAAAUUAUAGCCAAAAUAACGGAUAUAACGAACAUUUUUACCAUCCACCGAACAAUCAAGAAGAGUACUUUAACCAUAAGAAUUACGAAACGUUCAAGAACGCAUUUGACACUGCGAAAAACCAAAAACGAAUAAAAAUAGAGGAUUAUGGAUCCAAUCACGACAAACAUGCAACAUCUGUCUACGGAUAUAACGACAUUAAUUGUUAUAAUAGCGAUAAUAAUGAUUAUUUACAAAACACAUAUUAUUAUAACGAUCAGAGAUGUUAUAGAAAUUUUUAUAAUCGAACUAACAUGCCUGUUGUUAAUGCUCAAAUAUAA